AUGCCCAUCUCACUUCAACCGGCAAACACUAAGAGCAAACGCGAUUCCAAGUCCAACAAGCUCUAUCGAAGGUUCCGAUCGGUUUUCCGAUCUCUUCCCAUCAUCGCGCCGUCAUGCAAGAUGCCAACAGUCAUGAGAAGCCGUGGCAGCGAGGUGCACAUCCAUGGUGGCACAAGGAUCACCGGAACCCUAUUCGGGCACCGGAAAGCCAGGGUAAACCUUGCAUUCCAAACAAACCCCAAUUGCCAACCGUUCCUGCUCUUGGAGCUGGCUAUCCCCACAGGGAAAGUGCUCCAAGAAAUGGAAAUGGGGCUAAAUAGGAUAGCGUUAGAGUGUGAGAAACAUUCUCACAACAACGAGAAGAUUAAGAUCAUCGAUGAACCCAUUUGGACAUUGUUUUGCAAUGGGAAGAAAACGGGUUAUGGGGUGAAGAGAGAGCCUACAGAUGAUGACUUGAACGUGAUGCAAUUGUUGCAUGCAGUGUCUGUGGCUGUUGGUGUUCUUCCCAAUGAGAUUGCAGAUCCUCAUGAUGGUGAACUCUUAUACAUGAGGGCACAUUUUGAACGAGUGAUUGGGUCUAAAGACUCUGAGACUUAUUACAUGAUGAUGCCUGAUGGAAAUAAUAACGGGCCUGAACUUAGUCUGUUCUUCGUUAGGGUUUAA